CAUCAAAAUUUAUGUUUGAAAUGCGUUCAUCCAUAUGUACCCCCAAUUUCAUCCAAUCAUUCACACACCAAUGAUCGAAAAAUCUAUAUUUGGCAUCAGGGAACCUUAACAGUUGUUUUCGAGGUAUCAUGCAAAUUGGAUUCAGAUUGUUGUCGAAAUGCAUACUGCGCUCGUUCUGAUUUAUCAACUGGUGGUGUUUGUAAAUGUUUAGAUAAUUAUAUUUUACAAACCAAUAAAACUCACAUGGAUUGUUUGUAUACUCCAAAAUAUAUGGGUGAAUCGUGUGAAAAAGAUGUUCAAUGUCAAGUCUCAUUUGGUAACAAUGCUAUCUGUUCUGAAUCUCAUUGUAAAUGUUCACCAAAUACACAUUUUGAGAAUGGUGUAUGCUAUAAAAAUGGAAAAAUUGGUGACCAAUGUGACACAAAUGCCGAUUGUUAUAUUGAAGAUGCACUAACAUUUUGUGUGAAUAGUGUAUGCGUUUGUAAUACAUAUUAUCAUCCAAUUGAUGGUGGAACUAAAUGCGUGAAAUCAAAGCGAUUACAGGAUAAGUGUGAUUCCGAUUCAGAAUGCACAAUUGAAAAUACACGAUGUUUAGGUUCAUGCCGAUGCCAAAUACAUUUUGUGGAAAAUAAACAACGGACAGCAUGUUUAAAAGUUGUGGAUAAUUUCGAUGAUUUUUGUGAAGAAGAUGCACAAUGUUCACAAUUUUUAGAUAAUGGCGCUUGCGUAAAUAAUAAAUGUGGAUGUGCUAAUGGAUAUCAUUUAUAUAGUAAUAAAUGUUGGAAAAAUGUUGAUAUCUUUGAAAUGUGUGAAAGUGAAAAUGAAUGUAUAAUUAAUUCUCGUUUAGAUGGUAUUGUUGAAUGUGUUGAAGAACGAUGUUUUUGUAAAUAUGGUAUACAUCCAAAUCGUACAUGUUUUAAUAAAAAUUAUUUAAAUGACAAAGAUGGUAGUAAUAGUGGCCAAAUAGUAUUUAUCAGCAGAUUUAUUACAGUUAUGUUAUGCAAAUUAUAUACUGAAUAA